AUGGGUUACAAUAUCAAACAAAAGAUAGAAAUAUGCCUAAAGGCAGAGUCCAAUCCAUCUAUGACCCAGGGAGAACUAGCGCAGUGGGCCAUGGAGCAGUACGGUUCUGAGAAGGCACCUUCACAAACGACCAUUUCUCGAAUACUUUCAUCCAAAAAUGAACUCAUUGCUUCAAAAUCCGCAGACUUCCUGUUGGUGAGACGACGGAAGCAGCUGAACCCGUUGCUUCGUCGUAUCUUGACUGAGUGGAUCACUCAAGCUCUAUGGGUUGGCAUCCCAAUAACGACUCCCAUAAUCCAGCUGACUGCACAUGCUAUAUGGACAAGGUUACCCAUGGACGAAAAAGAUGGAAACGGUGUGUUCAGCCAAAAAUGGUGCAAUCACUUCAUCAAGAAACUAAACGCUAACCUAAGAGGUGACGACUUUGACAGUAUGAAAAAUCCAGGGAAUUAUCCAUUGAACAAAGUUUGGAAGUUAGACGAGAAGUUAGACUUGAAAGACUAUCUAAAGCAGUUGAUUGAGAUGGAAAAUUACGCCCCUCAGGACAUUUUCACUUUGGAUGAAUUUCAAAUAUUCUACUCAUUACCCUUGGACCAGAUAUUUGACGUAUCUAGCAUCGAUAAGGGAUUGAGGCAGUCAUCCAGUUCCACCGAGAAUCUGGUGACAAUUAUGUUGGGUACGAAUAUAGAUGGGCUGGAAAAAUUGACUCCAUUGAUAGUGGGGAAGUACGAUACAUUUGACGUUGCUGAGAGCUCACAGCUUCCAUUGACCAAGCUAAAUGAACAUCAACACCAUGAAAAUGGAAAUGGAUCUGGAUCCAAUAAUGCCAGUAAUGGCAGCAGCGGCACUACUCACAACAAUACAAAUACUCUCAUGAACAAAUUGACAGACGUCUACAAUCUUUACUAUAAGUCGAACUCGAACAAAUGGAUCACGUCUAGUAUGUUUCAGAACUACUUACUUACUUUGGAACAUAAACUUGCAAGCCACUCACCAGGCAGGAAGAUUGUCAUAUUGCUAGAUGAUUCCUCGUCACAUCGGAUAAUCAACUUAAAAUUUAGUAACAUAAAAUUGUGCUAUCUUAAGAAUGAGUCUAAUCAUAAGAAUUCAUCCAACUCUAGUCUUUUCAAUGGUGUGAAGUUCGACUAUAUACCCAUGAGUUUUGGAAUAAUCGAAGAGUUUAAGAUAUUGUAUAGACUACAGCAAUAUCUAGAAAUGAUAAAUAUCCAAAGGAAUAUGGCCAAGAGAAAUGAGAGAGGAGAAAUUGGAAGUGGUGAUAGUAAAGAUGGCCUUGAUACCAAAAGUAACUCCCCUAUAACAUCGUCAUCUAUCUCGCAAUAUAAACCUGAUCCCUCCCCCACAUCAACAUUAAGUGAAGCCGAUUAUGAUAUCCCAUUUAUUAGAGUUAUCGAAUGGAUAAAGAGAUCAUGGGACAGUAUUUCGAGUGAACUCAUCUUUCUUUCAUGGAAAAAAACACACUUGAUAAACUUUACUACGCAGCCUUGGCCAUCAAGUGAUCCCAUGGUCACCAUGAGAGCGAAAGAAUCGCUAGGACCAAUGUUGGAGAAAGCAUCAGUUUAUAAUUUCAGUAGAAGUUAUGAGAAAUUGAACGAAAUUAUGGGAUAUUUAAACGUUGUCAUUCCCUGGAAAAUCGAUGAAUUGUUAGGAUUGGUGAAUGAAAGAGGAAAGGUGACAUUAAGUUAUGUUAGUAUUGAAGAGAUUAUUGGUAGUUGUCUACUGGAAUCAUCCGACAAGGACAAAGAAGGUGGAAGUAGCAAUGCUCCAGCACAAACAGGAACUUUGUCUGCAACAACGACAAAUUUAACUUCAGCACCUGAAUUGGCUGUAACGACAGCACUGGAAGCUAUAGCGGAGCCCAAUGGACUAAUUUCAGACUGGAACUCCUCAGUUGAUCCUCAAUUUGACAUGCAAUAUGAAUAUUCAAAUGCUUCAAAUUCAUUGAAUAUCAAUUCCCUUUUAGCAGCUGCAGCAUCACUUCCUCAAAAUUCUGUGGACCCUUUUACCAAGGCAAAUGGUAACAACACUCCCAACAAUUUGUUCAAUAACAGUCUUGUUGCACCUUUAUCGCCCAUGCCUGCCAUGACUUCAAUUCACACUCCUGGUGUUACAGCAUCGAAUUCAACAAGCGGGAACUUCUCGCAAUUAAACUAUGGAGCUGGUAAUGGCAGCAAUAAUGCUCCAUACUGGCAGUCGUCAGAAAAGAGGAGAAAGGUAUACCCACCUCAAAAAUCGGAUCCUUUGUCGACCCCCUACGAAUUUAGAUCUCCAGUAAAGAUUCCUCCAAUGUUCAAUACAAAAGCUCCUUCGGAGGUUCCUACAGAAAACUUAAAUGGGAACUCUAAUGUCUCAAAGGAUAUCCAAUUGAUGAACUCGUUAACGAAGCUUCUCGAUGAAGGCGAGGGGCUUCAACUUUCCAGUACUACACUAGCAGAGCUUCGAGCCAAUCUUCACGCAGUGAAAGCUCGUUGCAGUGAAAAGUCGUAG